UGUUAGGAAUGGUGGGAGUUGAAGUCCAAAGCACCUGGACAACCCAAGUUGCGUGUGGCACGUCACUUCUGGUUGUGAGAGAAUCAGCUGUCUACAAAGACGUUGCCCAAGGGAUGUGUUACAAUCCUGUUGGGAGGCUUCGAUCACAAAAAGACACAGUGAAGACAUCUGCCCUUGUGCUUUGCCACUCUGCUGCUGAAUAUGCACACCCAGUGUGGAAUAUAUCUCACCACGUUAACCACAUUAGACGUGGCUCUUAAUGAGACAUGCUGCAUUAUCACAGCAUGUCUAUGCCCAACACCCCUGGAGAAAUUAUACUGUUAAGCCGAUAUUGCAACUCCAGAAAUCCACCAGGAAGUAGCAGCCAAUAAUGAAAGGACCAAGGCUGUGACAUAUCAGCCAGCACAGCAAUCAAGAAAUAGUUUUCUAAGAUCUACAGAGAUACUCACAAGAACACCUCAGCAAGCAAGAGUCCAAAAGUGGCAGGCUAAAACCCAGGACCUCAAGCCAUGGCUGAUACCGAAUGAGAGGCUCCCUCCUAGGCAUGCAGAACAGACUGUGCUCUAGCACCAAGAGAGUCAGAGCCAACUUUAAGAAAUGGGGCCACAAAGUGGAGUCCGCAAUAUGCGAGUGUGGAGAAGAGUAAACGACAGGCCACUUAUUACAAUGCAGUCUGAGCCCUGCUACAUGCAUGAUGUAGGACCUUCUUAUAGCAACACCAGAGGCACUCCAAGGGGCUAGCUACUGAUCAAAGGACAUUCAGUAUAAUGCCAAGUUUUUAAACUCUCUUUGUGUUUUUUAAAUACGUUACAACUGUACCCAUGGUUCACUUUUGAUACGAUAAAUUUAAAAAAUAAUGUUAUAUGUUGUUGAUUUGAUAUUAGAUGUUUACAUAUGUGAAGUAUUGAAUUUUGCCAUUGGUUAUGCUGUGAACCGCUUUGAGUCCCCGCUAAGGGUGAGAAAGGCUUUGGAACCAGGCAUUUGGGGAGUAGUACAAUUGGGAAUUUGACUUAAAUGUCGUGGCAAAAAAGACGACUAUGGGACUAGGAAGUAUGCUUUAAUUCUCUUUUAAUUGUUAUUUGUAUGCUCUAUCUGUUUUUAUUGGUCAAUGUGUUUGUGUCAUUGUAUUUGUAAUGCAGCAUUGAAUUUUGCUAUAACUAUAAGCUGCUCUGAGUCUCCUUCCAGGCGAGAAGAGCGGGAACGAAAUAUAGUAAAUAAAUAAUAAAGGUAAAGUUAGAGGUUUCCCCUGAUGUUAAGUCCAAUCGUGUCCGACUCUGUGCGUUGGUGGCCGUCUCCAUUUCUGAGCUGAAGAGCCGGCCUUGUCCAUAGACACCUCCAAGGUCAUGUGGCUGGCAUGACUGCAUGGAGCACUGUUACCUUCCCGCCAGAGCCGUACCUAUUGAUCUACUCACAUUUGCAUGUUUUCAAACUGCUAGGUUGGCAGAAGCUGGAGCUAACAGCAGGCGCUCACUCCGCUCCCCAGAUUCAAACCUGCAACCUUUCGGUCUGUAUGUUCAGCAGCUCAGCACUUGAACACACUGCACCACCAGGGGCUCCUAAAUAAAGAAUAUAAAUGCAAUAAUAAACAAAUAAAUAAACAAAUUAUUUAAAACAACUAACCUUUCUAUGCUCUGUUUUGGAGGAAAACUGCAUCAGAACAAGUAGAGCUAGGAUGGAACUAAGAGGACCCCACAAGAAGGAUCUUGAUGGAUUGCAACUCCCAGUAGUUCUUAUCAUUCUUGCAUGGUCUGAAAGGAGUGGUUUGUUAUUUCAAUACCUUAAGGACUUUAAGUUGGGUAAUCAACAACAUGUAUGCCAAAAUUUGUCCAGUUCCAUCAAGCCACUGAAGAGCCUUUGUAUAUCAAACAACCCAACAAACAGAUAGCUAGAUUAGAGGGUUGUAUGUUUUCUGGGCUGUGUGGCCAUGUUCCAGAAGUAUUCUCUCCUGACGUUUCACCCACAUCUAUGGCAGGCAUCCUCAGAGGUUGUGAGGUAAUAAUAAUCGUGUAUUAGAACUGUCUUUGGCCUUGCAGCCCAAGUAGGGUUGCACAUGUAGGAUUGUGGAACAUGCCAUAGGCAGGGCAUUCAAGGGCGCAGAGCAUCAUGCAAAUGUGCUUUACCUUUGCAGCAAACAUUUUAUGUGAGUGACACACUUUUUAGACACGCGUUAUUUGUGACACACAUCUGGGAAAGCUCUGGAUUAGAAAUAAUAAUCUUGUAUUAGAAAAGCCUUUGGCACUGCAGUCUUAGGUAGAGUUCCACAUUAAAGAGAAGCAUGCAAGGGUGCAUUUCCCCUGCAACUGUCCUCUUUCUUUCUCUUUCUUUCUUUCUUUCUUUCUUUCUUUCUUUCUUUCUUUCUUUCUUUCUUUCUUUCUUUCUUUCUUUCUUUCCUUUGUCAUUCUCCUUUUCGAGGAACCCUUUUGAAAAGGAGAAAAGAACAUCUCCAGCCAUGUGUCCCACCAGAGUCUUGGAGUUUGCUCUUCUUCGCACCUCUGCAGGGGAUUUCAGGGGGUGGAGAAGAAAUUGGGAGGGAUGAAAGGGGGUGGGUUUUUUUGGGGAGGGGAAAAAUAGGGGCCUGGCCUUGGUCACGUGUGGCCCACCCUCCAGGCCAGCACUUGAAGAGAACUCAGUCCUGCAAGGAAGAGGCCGGGAGAUUCGGAGGAGCAAAGGAUGGUGACCACGGACAGCGCUGAACCCGGAGGGGUGAGAAAGAUGCUGAAGCCCUUGGUGGAAAAGCGCCGGAGGGAUCGGAUCAACCGGAGCCUGGAGGAGCUGCGCCUUCUCCUUCUCCAAAGGACCCACUGCCAGACUCUGAAGAAACCCAAAGUGGAGAAAGCCGAGAUCUUGGAGAUUGCCGUGGGGUACCUGCGAGAGAUGGCCUCUGCCAAGUCCCAGGGAGCUGACCUCUCCGAAGACCGGACCCUGCAGACCUGCUUCCGGGUGGGAUUCCGGGAGUGCCUGCUGGGCUUGGCGGCCUUCCUGCAGCAAGCCCACCCCUCGGUCCAGAGCCACCUCCUGGACACCUUGCACCUCUACCUGGCCUCCAAACCCGAGGCCCACCCGCAAGACUGGAACCACUACUAUGCCUUCUCCCCGAGUCCUUCUUUUUCUUCCUCUUCCUCCUCGGGGUCUCCGCCGAGGACUCCGGAAGCCUUCUCCUCCUCACCGCAGAAGAUCUGGAACGAACCCGAACCCUUGCGCCCGAAUCCAGACCCUCCUUGCGGCAGCGCAGGACAACACGGGGAUCAGCCAAGGGAGGCCCAAGGAAAUGCCGACACGACCAACAAAAGGAUUCCCCUGCCGCCACCCGCUUUCUGGCGCCCGUGGCCCUAAGUCACCAACGCUCCUACUCUUGUCCAAGCUCCUCUUUGUUUUGUACAUAAGUUAAAGUAAUAAUAAAUAUAUAUAUAUCUUAUUUUGGGUUAUAUGGCAGGGUGAUUUGGUGAUGCACAUAUAUAUACACCAUAAUGGCAAUGUACCCACCCAAAAGGAAGCCAUCUCUUUUCAGACUUAGGUGCAUCUACACUGUCAGAUCAAUGCAAUUUGACACCACUUUGAACUGCUAUGGCUCAAAACCACAGACCCCUAAAAGCUGUAGUUUUACAAGGCUUUGUAUCCCAGGAUUCCAAAGCAUUGAGCAUGGCAGUUAAUGUGGUGUUAAACUGCACUAAAUCUAUAAUGUAGAUUAAAAUAUAUGUAAUUUCUUAGGAUUUCAUAAUUUAGGCUGCAAUGCUAGUGAUUUUAGUAGCAUCGAUGCUUAAGAGUUGCUUUGCUUUCUCCUCCUCUAUAUUUAAAGACAGUCUCCACAACUCCAAAACAAUAUAAAUUUACAUCUCAGGAUACAUCUACACUACAGAAUCAAUGCAGUUCAACCCAGCUUCAAUGAUAUAGUUUCAUUGGAGUUGUAGUUUGGCAAACUACAUCUCCAAGAUUCCAUAGCACUGAGCCAUGGCAGUUAAAGUGGUGUCAAACUGCACUAAUUCUAUAGUAUAGGUGCACCGUCAUAUACAUGAAAGGGCAUUGCAGGUAAGUACAGGAUCACUUGGAAGUAGGAAAGAUGUUUGCAUGAUUUCCAAGAGAUGCAUAGGACUGAGAAAUCCAGAAUUUGUAAGGUUUCAUGCUCAACAUGUUCAGUGUUUCCACCCGAUUUCUAUGGAAAGGAGUUGGUAAACUAUAGGGAAAGAAAGACAAUCUUAAAUGGUCUUACAUUUUCAAUAUCCUACUUUAAUUGUAAUGUACUAUUUUUGGGUUGAUUUGAGUUUUCCGGGCUAUAUGGCCAUGUUCCAGAAGCAUUCUCUCCUGACAUUUCACCCACAUCUAUGGCAAGCAUCCUCAGAGGUUGUGAGGUUUGUUGGAAACUAGGCAAGUGGGGUUUAUAUAUCUUUCUAGGGUGGGAGAAAGAACUCUUGUCUGUUGGAGUCAAGUUUUAAUGUUGCAAUUGGCCAGCUUGAAUGGCCUUGCAGCUUCAAAGCCUGGCUGCUUCCUGAGUUCUUUCUCCCACCCUGGACAUUCCAUAGAUCUAUAAACCCCACUUGCCUAGUUUCCAGCAGA